GGGGAUGGGACUUUAAAAACUAACGGUGGCAGUACAAUAAGCCCGAUCCUUCCCAGGACACCCCAGAGAAACAGAGAGCAAGAGCAAAACAAUGGAACCGGAAGAUCAAACCCUAGCUUCAAGAACCCGAGAAGAAGGACAAGACACAGACACGCCUAUGGCGGAUACUAAUGAAAACCCAGAAGCAACAGAGCCCAACUCUCCAGACUCGAUCGAGUCAAGUGACUCAGACUCGGACUCCGAAUCAGAAGAUGAAGCACAGCAAAAAUUUGAGCUUCAAAAUAUCGAGUCCCACCUCGCCAGUGAACCUUCCAACUAUGAAGUCCAUGUUCAAUACAUUAGGGUUUUGAGGAAGAUGGGUGAGAUUGAAAAGCUGAGGCAAGCAAGCGAAGCUAUGAAUGAGAUUUUUCCAUUGACUCCUGUUAUGUGGCAAGAGUGGGCUCGAGAUGAAGCUUCUAUUUCAACUGGAGCUGAGGCAUAUUUAGGGAUCGAGAAGAUCUAUGAAAGAGGAGUUUCUGAUUAUCUGUCUGUCUCACUUUGGUGUGACUACUUGAGAUUUGUGCAAGAGUAUGAUCCAUCUGUACGUGAAUUUACACUUGAUGGUAUUGCGAAGGCAAGAAAUCUAUUUGAGCGUGCUAUAACCGCUGCUGGUUUACAUGUUACUGAAGGCAGUAAAAUAUGGGAAGCAUACAGGGAAUUUGAGCAAGCCAUUCUCCAUACCAUUGAUGAGACCAACAUUAAGGAAAAAGAAAAACAGGUUCAGCGCAUCCGAAGUAUAUUCCACCGUCAAUUGUCUGUUCCCAUUGCUAACUUAAGGUCAACCCUUCUUGCCUACAAGUCUUGGGAGGUGGAAAUUGGAACUGCUCUAGAUGUUGAAUCUAGCGAUUUAGAUGGGAUUCCAUCUACUGUUGCCUCAGCAUACCAAAAGGCAUUGGAGUUGUAUAAUGCUCGAGCUGAUUUUGAAGAACAGAUUGCAAAGCAGGGUAUAUCUGACUCCGAAAAAUUUCAACAAUUAAUGAUCUACUUGAAGUUUGAGCAGUCUUCUGGAGAUCCGGCCCGUGUUCAACUUCUCUAUGAACGUGCUAUUACUGAGUUUCCUGUAUCAAGUGAUCUCUGGCUUGGUUAUACUCACUAUUUAGAUAAAACCUUGAAGGUAGGAAAUAUUGUGCGGGAUGUUUAUUCUAGGGCUACAAAAAAUUGUCCCUGGGUUGGUGAACUCUGGGUUGGAUUUUUGCUUGCUUUAGAACGUUGCCAUGUGCAUGAGAAAGAGAUGUCUAAUGUUUUUGAGAGGUCUCUUCUAUGCACUUUUUCAACCAUUGAGGAGUACCUAAACUUAUUCCUUACUCGAGUGGAUGGGUUGAGACGGAGAAUCCUUUUACCUGGAGCAGAAGAGGAUGCACUGGAUUUUUCAUUGAUAAGGGAAACUUUUCAGCGUGCAUCCGAUUACUUAUCUCAACAGAUGAAGAAUACAGAUGGUUUGCUGCAUAUGUAUGCUUAUUGGGCUCGUUUGGAGCAAAAUUUGGGAAAAGAUCAAGCCGCAGCUCGUGGUGUUUGGGAGAGCCUGAUUAAGAUCUGUGGGUCAUUGAUGGAGGCCUGGCAAGGUUAUAUAGCAAUGGAAAUUGAAUUAGGUCAUUUAAAUGAAGCGAGGUCUAUCUACAAGAGAUGCUACAGUAAACGAUUUAGUGGGACAGGUUCAGAGGAUAUUUGCCACUGCUGGUUGCGCUUUGAGAGGGAAUACGGGACACUUGAAGAUUUUGACCACGCCACACAGAAGGUCACACCUCGCUUAGAAGAGCUGCAAUUAUUUAGGUUGCAGCAGGAAGCCCAGUCUGUUCCUGAACUAAUAGAUCAGAAAGAGAAGUUGCAUAAGAAAAAUGUUCAUGGAAAGAGAAAAACAGAUUCAAACAUGAAUGACGAACAGUCUCCAGCUAAGAGACAGAAAAAUACUGCCCAAAAGCCAAAGAAAGUGCAUGAGAAGGAAAUGGGACGAGCACAGAACUUUGCUGAAGAAAAUGAAGUAGAAGAAGCAAAGCCCAAGGUUGAAGAGCAUCCAAAUGACCAGCACAUCAAAGACUUCAACCCUGGAAGAGCCAAAGCAUAUACUGACGAGUGUACUGCAUUUGUAUCAAACCUUAACCUCAGGGCAACUUCUGAAGAUGUGAAAAAUUUCUUCAGUGAUGUUGGUGGGGUUGUCUCUGUUCGAGUUCUGCGGGACAAGUUCACUGGAACGUCAAGGGGCCUGGCAUAUGUGGAUUUUGCUGAUGAUGCACAGCUCACUGCAGCUCUACGAAAGAACAAGCAAAUGUUUCUUGGGAAGAAGAUAAGCAUUGCACGAUCAAAUCCGAAGCAAAACAGAAAGGGUUCUGCUGGUCAUGGGGCCUCUGGUGAACAUGCACAAAGUAGCAAUCAGAUUUUCAGAGAGUCUAAAGCGCCACGCUCUGCAGCUGAUAGACAAAGUGAUAACAUUCAGCUGAAGGGGAGGAACACAUUUGCAAUUCCAAGGAACGUCAGACCACUUGGUGUGCUUGCAACAAAUCCAAAACCUGGUGAAGGGGAAGAUGAGAAGCCGAAGUCAAAUAAUGAGUUCAGAGAAAUGUUCCUUAAGAAGUGAGGUUUGUUCCUGGGGUUACUUCCAUGUUAACUAGAAUAGCACAGUAAAUUACAAACUUCUUAUACAAAAAAUUGUGGCUUAAUAUGUUUCCAUAAACACAAUUAUGUUAAUGAUACUUGUUUGAGGACAAAAAACAUGUUAUCACUCUUGAUCAGUAAACCUGUUAAUUUUCUUCCAGAUAUGUAAAGUUUAUACCAUUUUAUCAAAAGGGUAAGUUUUAACA